AAAAAAAAAAAGCUUUCGAAGCACCCUUUCUCUUCUCCGUCACCGUUUGCUUCAUCACGUACUGCUCUUAAUCUUAUACUCUCUUUCUCACUUAUUCUCUUAGAAAGAACUCUACAAGUGUUGUUGCAACCAACCCCAACAAAUAUCACUCAAAGAAUAAGUUUACAAUUUACUCACAACACUUUUCCUUCAAUAUGGGUCAGUAGUAAACUUAUUAAUUCAAAAUUGUAUAAGCGGCCUGUUGGCUGCCCGUCCCAAUCCAAUUGUCUGCAUUUUAAAUUUCCGCAUUCGGCUUUUAAUUUUCGCUAACGUUGCCUGGCUAGCGUCUAGCGUAUGUAUAUAUGUAUGUAUAUUUAUGUAUUAUGCAUGAUAGAUGUAUAUUUUUAUAUUUACAUUAUACUUAUGUAUGUAUGUAUUGAAUGCGUAUACAACAACAAUUACAUGAAAAAGUUUGCACUUUGAGAAAGUCCCUCCAGCUUUUUCGCCGACAAAACAAUUGCAUCAGAAUGCUCUGCAACAUGCAGUCGUAAGGGUGCGAGCGAGCGAAUUAGCUCACUACGAGAAUUUGACAAAAAGUAUUUGAAAAAUAUAAAUAUAAAUAAAAAUAAAAGGCCAAAUAAUAAUAGAAAAGGAAAAAGUUUAAGAAGGCAUAACUACCGAAGUACCUACCAUUCAAUUUCAUCUAAUAAUUAUGUAUGUAUAUAGUUUUCUAUUUUCGGUGCAUAUGUAUCAACGCUUUUGUGGCGCUUCAUCAUCGAAAGGCGAGCGAGCCCAAAAGCUAAAUCACGCAAACCAAAGAACAAUAAAAAAAUUAUCUAGAAGUUGAUAUUUAAUUGUAACGCAAACUAAAGGAAAAAAGAAUAACAAUAGCAAUAGUUAGAACACUUGCUCGUAGAGUCGUCAUCAGACUCACAGAAAACAAAAAAAAAUAAAUAAAUAAAAAAAUAAAAAUAAUAAUAAUAAUAGAUAAUUAAGUAAGUAAAUGCAAUAAAUAAAUUAAUAAAUAAAUAGAAAUCUAUGGAAUCGAAAGUGAAAUCAAAGUGAAUUACUCAACGUAUAUGAUAUUUGUGAUGGAUCGCAUUUCUUUCAUUUCAAACGCUUUGAACGCAUCCGAUGAGAACCAAAUUACGCCUUAACUUAAUUGCGUGCACUAUAAAUAGUUUUUUUAAUCUAGCGGCAUAGCAGCAAUAACGACCGCAUUAUAAUAAUCAAAUUUCUUCGAUAGGAGAGACAUUCAAAGAUAUACUUCAUUAUACACUUCUCUAACCAAAAACAAAAAAACAAAAAAAAAAAAAAAAAAAAAAAAAAUGAACAUCACAACGCAACAACAAUUACAAUCGCAAGGACACACUACGUCGAUUGUAGCAUCUAGCACCGAGACCACGAACGCAAUAAAUGGUCCCUCUGACGAGGCACCGCGUAGUCCCUCACCUGACGGCAGUCGCGAUUAUGAUGUCACCCGGAUGAAAGAAGAAGACUUCGAGCGUCUCGCUGUGUACCUUGUGCCUGACGUUAGCUGUGAGCGCGGUGUACCGAAUAGAGCAGAUAAAACACUACCCCGCAGCUUAACGCUUAAGCCUUCAAUGGUAUUUUCAACGCCAAAUGUAAAGGUAAAUUACAAAACUGAAGGAGUUUGGAGCAUAGGUGUUAUACCACGCGGUACCCGGUUUGGCCCUUUUGAAGGUGUUCCAACUCCACACUAUCCCAGUGAUACAAACACUGCACGCUAUUUCUGGCGGGUGCAGGGAACAUGCCACAUAACCUACGGGAAUAUUAAGAUAUUUAAAGAUGAUGAUUUUUAUUACCUGGAUGGUUCAGAUCGUUCGCAAUCUAACUGGAUGCGCUAUGUCGCCUCUGCAUACAGCUUAGACGCGAUGAAUCUCGUGGCUUGUCAGCAUCAAGAGAAUAUUUAUUUUUAUACUACAAGAGACAUUGUUCCAAAUGAAGAACUGAUGGUGUGGUAUUGCAAGGAUUUUGCUAGACGCCUUGGCUACGAUGUGGAUCCGGAACGCACAAUAUUCGCCUGCAAGCAAGCAGUUGAUGAAGAAGAUGAAGAGCCUGACACCGAAGUAGGCGAAAUACCGACUAGCGAAGAAAACAAUUGCAUUGCGAAGCGACCAUGCUCACCGUACCGGUUGUCUGCGACAGAAAUCUCGCCAGAGGUGGCUUACAAUCAUAUAACAUACGUAAUGGGCCUACAUCUGCCUCCUCCAUUAGCAGCAUCACCGCCGGCACCAUCCCAGCCUGAGAGGUGCCUGUCAACAGCAAGCCCUUCCUCACCGCCAAUUAAUCACACGGUCCAUCCGCAUAUUCAUCACAGUCAAAACCCGCGAUCAUUAAUACGAACGUCGAAUCAUCACCAACCGCAUCAGAGCGUUCUACAUUUAAAGCCUGAGACGUCCACCACCGGCAUCUCACCCACCUCUUCGGUAAUUGUACCAGAUAAUUGCGCAUCUGAGAAGGAUUGCACAGGCAAAGACAUGAAAAAUGUGAAUAGUUCACCGGUAUUGCAAAAAGAAGCGCAAUAUGAUCAUCAGCUAACGCCAAAUGAUGGUAGCGUCCGUUCGGUGCGUUCAGAUGAGGGUUACCACAGCAACGAAUAUCAUGAAGAUGGUUUAACCCCAUCCGGUGGAGAUGAUAGCGACAGUGAGAGUGAACAUAAUUAUGUAUUGGAUUGUUCAAAAAAGGCGAUCGCUCCCAAAGAAACGGUAAUUGCACAUUCCCAAAAGCACUGCAACGUAACCACUACCAGUCCGAUCACAGGACCUCCAAUUGCGGCACUUGAUCGCUGCAAGAACGAGUAUAGAAAGUUCAAGGUAAAAAUGCCACUUAAGUACGAGUUUAAGAAUAGCAUCAAGACUGAGGCAACCAACGCCACCAAUAUACCAAACGACGAAUUCCAAGUUAGUGCCAGCUCAGGUGUAGAUGAUCAUCAUAAUGGCUUUGGUGCAAUCACAACAACAAGUUGCACCUCGCCGGCACAAGUCGAUGAGCUGACCGACGCUGAUUGCAGAUCAUCGAGAAAUUCAAACACCGAGCCCAUUGCUACAAUACAACCAGCUUCCAGUACGGUCAUAGUGCUCGAAUCAAGUCAAAAACGCACAAUAGUUCCCCUUACAAAAUCCUAUUAUGAGGCCGAAUCAACUUCGCCAAUGCCCUCAACACCGGGAUACAUACGCUAUACACCGCCUUCAAGUAUUUUAGAAACGAUAUUAACUGGUCAGCACCAACAUCGACUUGAAAAUACAGCCGCAGCCGUCGUUGUGGGCUGCCGUCAAGUUAACUCGGCCACUCCACCACCUUCUUCGCCAACCGAAAUGGCCUAUUCCUAUAAGAAAUCACAACGUUAUGGUAGCGCAGUAAAUCCAGACUCCAGUUCUAAUAUAGCUAGGAUGCCAGAUCAUAGUACAAUAGACAGCGAAACGGACUUGCAUUUGUCAUCGUCAUGCAAAAAAGAUCUGUGCUCUCCGGGGCCUCCACCCACGACGCACCAGCAGCAUCACGUUCUCUUUUCGCCUAACAGCUUAAACGGAGCAUAUGUGCCUGAAGGUCAGCAUACGCCACCUUAUUCAGCGUACUCACCUUAUUCUAAUAGCAACGUAAAUGCGCAGCCAUCGAGCAUGCAUUUACACGCUGCUUCUUCCACUUUCCAUUCACCUACUCGUAGUACACAAUCGCCUUUCGAUCGCCAAUCACAUUCCUCUUCAGGUUCAAAUCCAAACCUGCACCUAUUGCCAGGCAAUACACAAAUAAUGAAUCAUGCUCUCAUGCAAUCUUUAACACCAUUGCAAAGGCUAUCCCCGCUACGAAUAUCUCCACCCAGCAGCAUAAGUCCAGAUGGCAACUCUUGCCCACCCAGCGGUAGUCCGCUUAGUCCAAAUACUUUGGCUUCGCGUGGAUAUCGUUCGCUUCCCUACCCUCUCAAAAAGAAAGACGGCAAAAUGCAUUACGAGUGCAAUGUUUGCUGCAAAACGUUCGGACAACUUAGCAAUUUGAAGGUACAUUUACGGACCCAUUCGGGUGAGCGGCCUUUUAAAUGUAACGUCUGCACGAAGAGCUUCACGCAGCUGGCCCACUUGCAAAAGCAUCACUUAGUACAUACCGGCGAAAAACCGCAUCAAUGUGACAUUUGCAAAAAACGCUUCUCAUCAACAUCGAAUCUGAAAACACAUUUACGUUUGCACAGCGGCCAAAAACCGUAUGCGUGCGAUUUAUGCCCACAAAAGUUUACACAAUUCGUUCAUUUAAAAUUACAUAAGCGAUUGCAUACCAACGAUCGUCCUUACGUAUGUCAAGGUUGUGAUAAGAAAUACAUUAGUGCGUCGGGCUUACGUACACAUUGGAAAACAACAAGCUGCAAACCAAACAAUUUAGAGGAAGAAUUAGCGAUGGCCGCUGCAGCCACUUCAGAAUGUUUAGAUAAAGAUCAUACGGAGCCGGAUUCCAGAGAAGCAUUCGAGCAGAUGCAACAACAAAUUCAUCCCCAUAUGAGACACAUCAAUGUAGCCAAUGUUGAACAUUUUACAACACCUAGUAGAGUAGCGACACAAACCCACGGUCAUUUGCAACAACAGCACAUGUCAAUGUUGCAUCAUCCACAUUUGCCACCGCCAACAAGCGCAGCCGCCACUAUGCUAUUAACUACCGCCAAUCAGUUGCAUCAACAGCAGCAGCCAAUGCAUCAACAGCAUCCGCAACACUUACUGCCCCAGCCGAACCAUAAAGUAACGAAACCUCCAAUUCAUAUGAUUGCGACAAGCAAUCAUGAAGCAAGCGUUCAUACUGCGGCCGCUCAACAUCCGUUGGGUCACACACAAGACUCACGACCGUCUGUCAUCGAAUCCAAUCAGCCCAUGAUUAUUGAAUGCACAUAGAAAACUAAUAUUAAAAGGAAACCACCAAUUACUUGCCCUCCUUUCCCAUCACUAUUCCUUAAAUAUAAUCUUGUUAGCAAACAAAUUAGAAUAAAUUUUAAUUCAAAUACAUACAUACAUACGUACAUACAUAAAUAUAUACAUGCAAACACACAAA